AUGGAUCGGCUUAAGAGGCGGGGAGCCUCAGCCACGCCAGCUGUCUUCUGGCCGUCGCAUAUGGGCGCUUUCGGAUCAGAGCGGGGCUACUACGUGCCGGGCGGCACAGGCUGGGAAAGCGGCAAGCCCGAUGAGCCUCUUUCGUUGCAAGCACUGGAAAGCAUUCAAGCCGAGCAGAAGGAAACAGCAGGCGCCAGAACUUGCCACACUCCCUGGCAUUCUGAGCUGCACAUUGCCUCACCCAGUGAAGCCAUCCUUCUCCCCAUGUCAUCAACCACCCAGUCCAGCUCACUGCUCUCUCUGCUCUAUCUGGCCCUGCUGACAUUUGUGGGCAGUGCUGUGCUCCUGGCUGAGAUGCACCAACAUAGCCUGCUGAGCGACAAUGUCCAUGCUUUUCUGGCGGUGCUCAUGAUUUCUUCCUGCAUCUGGAUGCUUUGGUUUGGCUGUCGCUCUGCUGGCAACAGGCAGCUGAAAAUGCAUCAGGACUACCACGCUGGAGCAAGCUGGCUCAAAGGUGGUCUGUCUCUCUUCGCACUGGCCACACUGGUGCUGGACUGCCUUUCCUUGGGAUAUUACUACGAGCUGCAGCACUGCGCCUCCAUGCUGAUUACCACGUACCCUAUUGUGCAAGCUGUUUUCACCAUCAUCCAGGUGACAUUUGGACUGAUGCACACAUUGGCCACCAAUGUCCUCCUGUGGAUGAGUGUGGUGCUGGAUGAGUCCAUGAAGCAGCUAGAAGAGUUUUAUGACACUCAUUCAAGAGAGACUCUCCAAGCUUCACAUGGUGACUCCUACACUAACAGCUGUGCCUGCACCACCAAUCUGUGUCACAUCUUUUCAGAAGGCGCUGCAUACCUGCACCCAUUCAAUAUUGAGUUCAGUCUCUUUUCUUCUACAAUGCUGUACAUCAUCUGGAAGAACACUGGUCGAGAAGCCCAUCACAAGAAACCCUCACACACUCAGAGGGUACGCUUCCAUCUCAGUGGAGCUUUCAUUGGCCUGGUACUAGGAGCCUUGGCCAUUUCAGCAACUUUUGGGGUGAUGAUCUCCUUUGGAGUGCUUACUAAGUCUCCCAAAACUAUCCCUGAAGCUCUUCGAACAUACUACAUCUUCAACUCUGUGUUGUUAUCUGCUAUGUUUUUGGCAACCUUGAUUGGCAUAAUCACCUACAGGGUGAAGAAAAAGGCUACAACACCCGCCUCUGACAAGAGUGUGGUGUGGAUUCUUUACGCCUAUGGGACCCGCCCACACCUGGUGAGCCAAAUUGAGCAGUCUUUCUAUGGUUUCACACUCUGGGCCAUUGUGGUCAAGAUCUCCCUGCCACUGGGCAUCUUCUACCGCAUGCACUCGGUGGCCAGUCUUUUUGAAGUCUACUGCAAGACCUGCGGAGCUCCAGCCUUGAGACAACUUAAUGGGGAGGAAAGCACAGGUGGACAUGGGGAUAUUAUUUACCCCACUCACUCUCGGGGCUCCAGUAGUGAUAUCAGCACUGCUCACCGUCUCCUACUGAGCAAGCAGAACCGGAUGGUGAAUGGGAACUACCGAGGCAUCCGUACUUCAUCUCCCAUGGGAAGAGUUAUCCUCAUCAACUCACCCAUUGAAGGUGGUGACGAGAGUGAUGCCUUCAUUACCAUUACGGUAGAAAAGAGCGCAGGGGGGAAGCUGGGCUUCAGCGUGCGUGGCGGUUCAGAGCAUGGUCUGGGUAUCUUUGUCAGCAAGGUGGAGGAAGGCAGCAGUGCAGAACUGGCUGGGCUGUGUGUUGGAGAUAAAAUCACAGAGGUGAACAGUGUGAGCUUGGAGAACAUUACAAUGGGGAGUGCAGUGAAAGUCCUGACAGGGAACAACCGGCUGCGGAUGGUUGUGAGACGCAUGGGCAAGGUGCCAGGGAUAAAGUUCUCCAAAGAAAAGACCACAUGGGUUGAUGUGAUAAACAGACGCUUGGUUGUGGAGAAGAGUGGCUCGACCCCAUCAGACACCAGCUCUGAGAUUGGCAGGCGGCGGAUUGUCCACCUUUACACCACAUCUGAUGACUUCUGCUUGGGCUUCAACAUCCGUGGGGGGAAGGAGUAUGGCCUUGGCAUCUAUGUCUCCAAAGUGGAUCCCUGCGGGCUGGCUGAGCAAAAUGGGAUCAAGGUCGGCGACCAAGUCCUUGCAGCCAAUGGAGUCAUGUUUAACGACAUCAGCCAUAGCAAGGCAGUGGAAGUGCUAAAGGGGCAGACCCACAUCAUGCUGACCAUCAAGGAGACAGGGAGAUUCCCGGCAUACAAGGAAAUGGUGGCCGAGUACUGCUGGCUCAACAGAUUAGCCAAUGGCCAGUUGCAGCAGCUGUCACAGACCUCGGAAUCCAGCUCGUCGGUCUCAUCCUACUCCUCAGGGACUCCAUUCAGCUCCAUGAAUGGCCUACAGAUGGCCCCCGCCCCAGUCUCCAGUUCAGCUCAAAGCUGCAUGGUGGAUAUUGGCAUCUCUACUGAGGACCCGCCAAUCCGGAGCCGCGGCCUAGAGAGGGCAGAGACAGCCAUGCAGACUGACCCGCCAGGUGACGGAGCCUCCUUGUCGGGAAGCCUGAUCACUGAGACUCGCCGGAUCGUGCGGCCCAUGGAGAUCCUAAAGGACACCGCGAUCCGCUCAGAGAGCCUCAAAGAUUCCUUCCACCUGAGGAAGCACCGGCCCUUCAGCAGCAAGGAAACAACAGACCCUUCCCCCAAAACAGCGCUCCUCCUGGCACUCAGCCAUCCCCGACAGCCCAUCAAGAGAUCACAGAGCUAUCUGACAGUCUGUGAGGAGAAACGCCAGAGGAAGAAGGAGAAACCAGCAUCUUCAGAGAAGAAGGUCACCCUCCAGCGCUCCAAAACCCUCAUGAACUUAUUCUUUAAGGGCACCCGCUCAGGAAAGCCAAGCUCAGCAGCUGGGUCACCAGAAGCCCCAAGGCGGUCCAAGUCCCCAGCACGCUCUGAGGGGGAGAAAGAUAAAGGCCGUGCUUUAAUCUCUCUGGGUCUGAGGGAUUCAUCGUUAUCAUCCCCUCAGCACAAUGGUGGUGAGCACAGCACGGGGCCGGAGAGCCACCUGAUGCUCAUUGAAGACAUGGCCCGGAAGUUACUGAUGGAGGAUGAGGUGGCAGCUGUGCUGAGGCACUGCACCCGGUACAUCCGUGAAGGAGGGGUCGAAGAUCUGGUGAGGCCACUGCUGGCGAUUCUUGACCGGCCUGAGAAAUUGCUGCUUAUCCGAGAUAUUAGGAGUGUGAUCUCCCCCGCGGAUCUGGGCCGUUUCGACAGCAUGGUUAUACCCAUGGAGCUGGAAGCCUACGACACGCUGAAGAGCAGAACAGUGAGGUCACCUGCUCUCCGCUCAGCACAACAUGAAACACCUCCCAAGAGACAUCUUAUCACUCCAGUGCCUGAUUUCAAGGGCGGUUUCCUUCUGAAGCCAGUGACCAAUGAAGAGGAGACAGCAGAACUGAAUGAUGGGAUGAAAAGACUGCAGCUCUCUUCCAGCCCUAGACGGACUCGCCCUCAAAGCUACUCCCCUCUUCCUGAUGUGCCAGUGGAUGCUUACACUUCCCAAAGUGGUCCCUCCUCAGCAGCCAGCAGCAAGCAUCCCAACUGGCCGCUAAAUAAGACCACAGAAAUGUCAAUAAACUCCACAGCACCUACCAAGGAACUGUCAGAGCAGGGAGAUGGACGGCCUGGCCGAGGGAGGCCUCGUACACCAAAGUCUAGCCACGGCAAAGCCACACUGCGGGGGCCACAUGGGGAGGCCCAGCCUGCCAAGGACACCCUGUACUCUGUGAUCAACCGACCACGCAAAGCUAGGCCCUUGCUCUCACACCUCUUCAGGGAAGUCCAAACUACUAGCAAGGGGGUGCAAGUAGAGACGGGAGAUGAAAUCCCAGAUGGUCUGGUCCAAAAUGGUACUGGUGACACUAAGGAGGAAUACAAGCUUCUCACUGUCCGCCUGCCCAAGAACAAGCAGUCCCUGGGGAUCAGCAUUUCAGGUGGAAUAGAGUCCAAAGUGCAGCCAAUGGUGAAGAUUGAGAAGAUCUUUCCUGGGGGAGCAGCAUCCCUGAGUGGAAAACUGGAGGCUGGCUAUGAGCUGGUGGCAGUGGAAGGAGAGAGCCUGCAGAACGUCACACACCAGCGUGCUGUAGAGAUCAUCCGUCAAGCCUAUCGUAACAAAGCCAGGGAGCCCAUGGAGAUUGUGGUGAAGGUGCCGAAGGAAACAAAGUAA